CCUUCCAAGCCCCCCCUUUUUUUCUUUUUACUUUGCUCUUCCCGGUUCUCUGUUCUUUUCGACCAUGCUCUUGGCUGACCUACAUCUGCUUCCCGCCGGAUAGACCAACACCUGGAUGUCCUCGCCCGCCACCCCCGCCGACUAGGUCUCCUGCCGCCCGCCGGGAAUCUCCCACCCCGCGCAACCGAGUUUCAUCUUGACCAUGAGAGAUGAAGCCCACCAGGUCGUCGCCGACGGCGGCGCCCGUCCGACUUCCAAGUUUUCCCACUUCUUCGCGCCCGCUGCACCGCCGGUCGCAGACGCUCCGGGUUCACCCACGCAGCUGCGGCCCUCGUCGUCGCGCUCGUGGUUUCACGCGCGGCCGCGCACCUCGCCGGGACCCCGGCCCUCACCCUUCAAGACGCGCAGCUCGGUCCUCUCCAAUGACGACGUAAAGCGCGACUCGGGCUUCGCGCCCUCGACCACCGCGCGGCCCUCGUGCGCCGACGACGGAACCGUGCCCGACGUCCCUCACGUCCCGAGAGUGCCCACUAUCGUCGUGCAUGACGAUGCCCCUCGCCCCUCGACAGCGUAUCAGGCCAGCGAGCUCGAUCGCGUCCGCAGCCUCGAAACCUCCAUCCCUUCGGGCAACCUGGACGAGCUUUCCGUCUCCAACAUGGACUUCUCCAAUAGAGGCAGCUUGAUGCUGGGAGGCAAGAAGAUGGAUGCGCUAUUGCGUCAGCGCCUGAGCAAGAGGCGGUCAAGGGACGACAUGGAAGAACCCGUCAGCCCCAAGGGCAUGCCGCCGGCCACCCCCAAGGAUAGGCUGCCGGAGAGCCCCAAGGGCAAGCCGCGCGUUGUCAGCUCGAGCUCUGCCCCGUCCGGCAGGAUAUCGUCACCGCCGCAGGCGUCGCCUCCUCGGCCGAACACCGCGUUACCGCCCGGCAGUACCAGAUCGCUUGCGCCACGGAAAAACAUACCGGGGACCAGGGUUCUUUCGGCAGACGAGACGAUGCUUUCCAAGAAGGUUCGGUCGAUGUACGAGCACGGCGACGAGAAGGCGGCGGAAUGGAUCGUGGAUGGAGCAGAGAGCGUCAUCACGGAGGAAUUUCAAUGUCCGAUGCCGCUCGAUGGAGAUGUAUUGUCGGUGCAAAGGUCACGGCAGAGCGGAGUUCCGAGAAGCUGGAGCACCGCUACCAUCAGCAGGCCGGGCAGCGCAAUCAUCAGAGAACCUAACGAAGUAGCAGGAGGCAUUGAAGACUGGGAGGACAUUGACGGCGCCGAAAUUGACAGGUACGGCUUCAUUGUGCCAAAGCCCGUCAGCUCCAACCAGCGCGAUUCGUUGGUCACGUUUGAGGCCCCCAAGCUGCAGCGAGUUUCGACGCAGUUGCAGUUGGCCUCGGAGGCCCCCAGGCGGAAACGCACUAUGCACCGCGCCGGAUCCACCACCAAAUCUUCACGCUCCACCUUCGCCAGCCCUCCGAGGCGCCUUUCUUCCAGACGUUCCAUCCGGGCAGAAUCUGUCUAUUCUGCGCAGAGCAUCAGCUCCGCGCGGUCUUCCAACCCCUUUCGCUACGCUGCAAACCGCCUGCCACACAACCGCGAGAGGAGAUGUGUCGACGAGGCCAGUGACAUGCUCACCCUGCCACCCGGUCUCGCGACGAUUGCUGAGGAGAGAGAAGGUGGACGGGCCGCCAUGCUGAUGAAGCGGAAAGAAUGGCAGCGUGAAGAGAAAUGGCGGAAGAUGGGCCGGUUGGUAGGCAAGGGUCCGAACAGCGGCGGGAUGAUUUUCGAAUUCGACACGAGGAGCCCGAAGCUGAUUGAGCGGACGUGGAAGGGGAUCCCGGACCGCUGGCGGGCGACGGCAUGGCACGCGUUCUUGUCCGCAAGCGCAAAGAAGAACCCGGAGAGCGAGUCGGACGACGAGCUGAUCUCUAGCUUCUACGAGCUGCAGGACGAGGACUGCGCCGAUGACGUGCAGAUCGAUGUCGACGUGCCGCGCACCAUCAGCCACCACAUCAUGUUCAGACGGCGGUACCGCGGUGGACAGCGCCUGCUGUUCCGCGUCCUGCAUGCCAUGUCGCUGUAUCUCCCCGAGACGGGGUACGUGCAAGGUAUGGCUGCGCUGGCGGCUACCCUGCUCUGCUACUACAACGAGGAGACGGCGUUUGUCAUGCUAGUGCGCCUGUGGAAACUCAGAGGUCUUGAGCGCCUGUAUCAGCACGGCUUUACGGGCCUCAUGGAAGCGUUGGAGGACUUCGAGAAGCAUUGGUUGGCGGGCGGCGAGAUUGCCAAGAAGCUGGAGGAACUAGGCAUCCACUACACGGCCUACGGCACGCGCUGGUACCUCACGCUCUUCAACUACUCGAUUCCCUUCCCGGCGCAGCUGCGCGUCUGGGACGUCUUCAUGCUGCUGGGCGACUCAGCGAACUGCAACCCUGGCGCGCCGGAAUCGUUCAACGCCGACUUGGACGUACUGCACGCGACGUCGGCGGCGCUCAUCGACGCGACGCGCGAAAUUCUGCUUGAUUCGGACUUUGAGGUCGCCAUGAAGACGCUGACGAGCUGGGUCCCGGUCAAGGACGAGGACCUGCUCAUGCGCGUUGCCAAGGCGGAGUGGAAGCAGAGGAAGCGCCGCGGCCGCAUGCCUUCGGGUUAGAGGGCUUGCGGGAGUCACCCCGAGACGGACCUCGACGGAUGAUCAAUCGAUUGACCUAACGCGAGCGAGCACCCUCCUGGCAGCGG